GAAGAGUUUCAGAAACAAUUAAGGAUUCCUGAUCAACCUGUGAGUGUGUCUGCAGCCUGGAGAGAAGAUGCCUCUUAAAGCCACCACGCUGCUCUUAGCAUUGAUGUGUGUAUGCUGCGUGGAGGAGUGUGUGUGCUUCCCCAACGGCUCGGUGGCGUUCUCUUGUGGCAACAUGAUGCCUGUACAUCCACCCUUCAGCCCCUCCACCAGCAGCCCACCAUUCACUCUAUCUGCAUCAAGUGCCACCUACAGGCCAGGUGGAGUCAUUUCAGUGACGGUGGAGGUGGUGAAGAACAGCUCCACAGAGUUCCAGGGUUUCCUGUUACAGGCCAGGAGCAGGAAGGAACAUGCUGUGAUGUGGCCUGUAGGAAAGUUCACCAACCUCGACACCACCCUGUUCACUGUACUGCACUGCAACAACAUGGAGAACUCAGCUGUCAGUCAAGCUUCAGGAGCCAAGAGGAAGAAAAUCCAGCUAACCUGGGAGGCACCUAGCAACAGUAACCAUGGAGAUAUCUAUUUCAGUGCCACUCUGGUCCAGGACUACAGAACAUUCUGGGUUCAACUGAACAGCAGCACUCUGGAGCUGAACAGCGGUCGACACUCUGCAGAUGGAGUCUUUCCAUCUUCAGGUGUGCUCCUCAUCAGUCUGCUGAGUCUGUCUGCCUACUGCUGACACACACACACACACACACACACACACACACACACACACACACACACAGAAUUAUGAUGUAGAAUCCUUUUUAAUGUUUUCCUUCCUUGUUCCUUCUAACAAGCCGUGGUCGGUCAUCAUGGAGAACCAUGAGGUUAAACAACACCUUCUCCUGAAUUUGGCGAUCACCUGAUACGAAACAACAACACUGAGGCAAGGGACGUUUCACGAACAUGCCCCUCAGUGUGAACAAGGAUCAGAUCAAAAAGCACACAGGAUGUUUUUAACAAUGCUGCCCUGAUCUGCACAGUAUAGCAUAGAUACUAAAACACAUUUUCAUGGACACACUAAACUGAUCUUUAAUCUUUAAAGGGGAACCAAUGAAAUCUGGAUUCAUACAUUAAACACGGUGUUAAUGAGUGAAAUGAUUUCCUCUUUGACAUUAUGUCUCCAUCUGGCGCCAAGACCAAAAACAAACUUUGAUUUGUUUUCUUCUCAUGUAGAGGAGCAGUGUGUAGGAUUUAGUGGC